GCCCCGCUUGUGGGUGCUGCCACAGCUGCCGCCAGGGCCUCUGAAGACGUGAAGAAGUGGGCUCUCCUUCCUCCUGCCCUGGAGACCAGAAAGGCCUUCGCCUCCUUCUCCCCAGCCAGCGCCUUCCUCCCGGCCCAUGGGGACAGUAGUAGCCAAACUGCUCCUGCCUACCCUCAGCAGCCUGGCCUUCCUCCCCACGGUGAGCAUCGCUGCCAAGAGGCAGUUUUACAUGGAGGCCAUGGUCUAUCUCUUCACCAUGUUCUUCGUGGCGUUCUCCCAUGCCUGCGACGGGCCUGGCUUGUCUGUGCUGUGCUUCAUGCGCCGUGACAUCCUGGAGUACUUCAGCAUCUAUGGGACGGCCCUGAGCAUGUGGGUCUCACUGAUGGCCCUGGCCGACUUUGACGAACCCCAGAGGUCAACCUUCACGAUGUUCGGUGUCCUUACCAUCGCUGUCCGUACUUUUCACGACCGCUGGGGCUAUGGGGUGUACUCGGGUCCCAUAGGUACGGCCGUCCUCAUCAUUGCUGUGAAGUGGCUGAAGAAGAUGAAGGAGAAGAAGGGUCUGUACCCCGACAAGAGCAUCUACACUCAGCAGAUAGGCCCUGGCCUCUGUUUUGGGGCGCUGGCCCUGAUGCUUCGCUUCUUCUUUGAGGAAUGGGAUUACACCUACGUCCACAGCUUCUACCACUGUGCCCUGGCCAUGUCCUUCGUCCUGCUGCUGCCCAAGGUCAACAAGAAGGCCGGGAACGCGGGGGCCCCUGCCAAGCUGACCUUCUCCACCCUCUGCUGCACUUGUAUCUGACCCUGUUCUAGGACCCUGGCCUCCUGUCUGGCAGCCCCACCGUUCCCCACAAGAUACUUUCUAUGCUUUCCCAUGUGUAUGUCAAUGAGAAAUGCUCUCUUCUGCAUCCCCAAGAGACAAGCAGACCGGCUACACUCUGCUAAAUGCUACUUAGGGACCUGCUAACUCCGUGUUCACCAGUUGCUUCACUCUGUUGAAGGGGGGAAAAAAGGGAUUUUCUCCUCCAAGACCUCAUAACCAUAGGUGCGCCUGGCAGAACUCUAGGUCAGUUGGGGUCACAGAUCCCAACCCAGGAGCAUACACAACAGGGAUUAUCUAGACCCCAAGUCCUGCCUGCCUGGGUUGUCCACUUUCUCUAGAAGAUUGAUAUUGCUACUUCUGCCCCAUGCCCAGGCUCUGAAAGUCCCUCCCCCCCACACACACACCACUUAGGAAGCCGGAGCCAGUGAAACCAUCUUUGGUCUGGACUCAAGUCUGCCUGGUCCUGUCUGGGCCCCAUCCCUUUAGCCAGGUCUUAGAUCAAAACAUACAGAGUAAACUCCUGAUCGGCCACUCGU